AUGGACGGGACAGGCACCCUUCCUCCUUUAUUAGCGCAAAAGACAUGUGUGCAGUGCAAAUCCAGCAAAAAGAAAUGCGACAAGCUCCUUCCCGCUUGCAGCCGAUGUCUGAGGUACUGCACGCACAGAAGUCCAUCAGCCGAGUCGGACAUUCCGCAACCGCUAACAACGGAUUGCAGGCUUUCGCUAGGAUGCUCGUACCCUGAGCGAGACAGGCAAGACGAGUCUGAUGUCAACUAUCACCGCAACGACUCUCGUUUCGAUGAAGUUUUCCGGCGACUCAAUACAAUCGAGGCGCAUGUCUUCUCAAGGGGGGAGGGCCAUAGAAGGACUCCCGCACAAGAAAAGUCUCCCGCAACACUGUCCGAACCAGAAGGAGCACGGAAUCCGCUGUCUUUGGCUGUAAAUCCAGAGACUCUCGAACCGCAAUAUUUGGGCCUCGUUCUCUGGGCUAGCGUCGUGCGAGCUCUGGACGAGCAUGAGACGAAUAUUGCAGCGACUGCUCAACAAUAUUUCGCAUCAACGCACAAGUGGUUACCUAUAAUAACUCAGGCCAAGUUUGAGAGGGAACGACUCAAGCAUUUCGACAACUUCCAUAUAUCGCAAUCAUCGGACAAAUUCUUGCUCAUAGUUUUCGCUAUGCACCUUGUAGUCACGCCCAUUUCCCAGCACCCUCAGGCGGAGUCGAUUACUCAAUCUAUUUGGUACCGGACUUGCAAAUACCAUUUUGCACAGCAUGUUGCUCUUAGCCACCCGAGCCUCGAACUGAUACAAGCAGGCAUGCUGAUUGCCCUGUUUGAGCACGUCCAGUGCGUAGAGCAGCGCGCGCUCACAACACUGGGGAUUUGCGUGAGGCUUGCCUACGACCUUGAGCUGGAUGAAGUCGUGGCAAGGCAAUCUAGUCGAGGUCCAGGCGAGAUGGUUUUAGAAGAAGAAGAGAUAGUGCUCACUUGGUGGGGAUUGAGCCGCUUGGAAAGAUAUCUCAAUAUGCCUCCAUUGGCGAUUCCGAAGCAGCCAAGUCUGCCUUUUCAGUCAUACAAGGACAGCAUCGACAACCACCGCGUAUUGCAAGGCCCGCCCAUGGUCGGCUUUAGGACUCUUGAUCCGAACACAGUUGAAGCCCAUAUUUUCGAGCUCGAAGCUGUUCCCGUCAUUCCUCGUCUUCUUCAUUCCUAG